AUGCAAAUGAAACGUUUCGCUUUGAAAAAGAGACUUCUCCAAUACAGCGCUGCUGUAACUGGUUUGCUGGUGACUUUCUGUAGCGGGCUACACUUUGGAUGGACUUCGCCGUAUUUGCCCGUACUUCUCGGUGAAGAUUCCCCAAUUCCGAUAACCGCGGAGGAAUCAUCUUGGGUGGGUAAUAUGUACCUUUUGGGCGGUGUGAGUGGUAGCCUUUUGCUGAGCGUUAUCGGGCGCCUAAUUGGAAGGAAGACGCUUCUGUUGUGGUCAAGCGUGCCGUUUUGUGUAUCGUGGCUGGUAAUCGCGUUUGCCACUACGUUACUAGAGCUAUUAACCGGUCGAUAUAUAGCAGGCUUCUGCGAAGGGGUGGCGUUUCCGAUCCUUGUGAUUUACCUCAGUGAAAUAUCCGAUGAUGAAAUACGGGGGAUGUUGUGCUCUGCAAUUACGGUCUCCCUUUAUUUGGGUGUUAUGGUGAUUAAUGUGAUUGGAACGUAUAUGACUAUCAAAAUGGUGUCGCUGGUGUGCCUGGCAAUACCUAUACUCCUCUUCGUCCUUUUUUUUUGGAUGCCCGAGUCGCCCAACUAUCUACUGAUGAAAGGUAAACACGAAGAAGCAAGACAGAGCUUUAUUGCACUGAAAGGUUCAGAAGACGCCGACCGCAAGUUAGACGUCGUUGCAAAUGCUAUUCAGCAAGAAAGUUUAAACAAAGCCUUCAUCUCAAUACUCAAAAGAAUGAACCACAGGAAACUGCUGACGUUAGUGGGCCUCCGUGCUACUCAACAGUUUAGCGGUGUUGUCCCUUUUAAUAUCUACGCGCAGACCGUUUUUAUGGAAAGCGACGCUUUUGUGUCACCGUUACUUGGGGUGGUCAUCUUCUAUGCCGUCCAAAUUGUAUUUUCCGUACUGAGCUCGCUACUGGUAGAUAAAUUGGGCAGGAAACCGUUACUCAUAGCGUCUUUAAUUGGUGCAAUUUGUACUUUGCUUAGCGGGGGAUCGUUUUUCUAUCUCCGAGAUGUGACCAAACUCGACACCUCCCUCGUGGCAUUUUUACCAGCGUUAAUUUUGAUCGCCUUCACCUUCAGCUACAGUGUAGGCUUACAGACGAUGCCUACGUUUAUGGCGGCUGAACUGUUCCCAACGAACCUGAAAGCUCACGCCAGCUCGAUAGGGGCCGUGCUUUUUUACGGGUUGGGAACAGUUUCGACGAAGUACUUUCAAUUUACCAAAGAUAACUACGGCCUUUUCGUUCCCUUUUGGAGUUUCGCCGUCUGCUGUACCAUCGGAUUGGUUGUUCUUGUUAUAUUUAUGCCUGAAACCAAAAACAAAACGUUGGAGGAUAUCCAAAUAGAGCUAAGUCAGGGCCACCCUCAUCGAAGCUGUGAUCAAAAACCAUAAAUUUCGGCCAUAAUCUUGGUAAUAGGUCGACAAUACUCAUUUAUACAAA